CGGAACUAAAAAAACCCCUUUGUCCUUAAUUAUUUAACUCAUAUAACUACUUUUAUUUUGAUCAUGAUCUACGAUACACGUAAGGCGUCUGGCGAAGAAAGGUUGAGGCAGGCUAGGACGGCACCCAUAGACCACGAUAUCCAAAUACAGGUACCACAGUUAGAUUUAAGGCGAUGGGCAUUGAGGAUAGAUUCCAAGUGCAUUGCACUCUCAUCAUCAUCAUCAGUAGCAUACUAGAAGAUUCGAAUCAAAAGAUAAAAAGCAUCUUGUUUGCUUCAAUAAAA